AGAGAAACGGCGAGACGAACGAAGGGCUUCUCUUCUCUCUCGCGAAGCGAGCGAGAGCGAAAGGUUUCGCUUUUCGUCCUACAAAUCCUAAGACGAAACCCUGGGGCGAAUGAUUUCUCGUCUGUGAAUUGAAAUCGCGGACUCCUCUCUUCGGCUACAGAUUCGUCGCUUUUUACCUCGCCUUUUCGAUCUACGACGAGUUUGGGAUCGGUUGGGGUUGAAUCGCUGGUUGCGCAAGGCAUUUGAGGGGUUAGGUGAUGGAAUCUGGCGGCGGGCGAGAAGCGAUCCGGCCUGUGACGGCGGAGGAAGAGGCGAUGAAGAGGAACACGGACUGUGUCUAUUUUUUGGCGUCCCCAUUGACCUGCAAGAAGGGGAGUGAUUGUGAGUAUCGUCACAGUGAAGGUGCCAGGAUUAAUCCCAGGGAUUGCUGGUAUUGGUUAAAUGGUAACUGCCUCAAUACAAAAUGUUCAUUCCGCCAUCCGCCACUCGAUUCCCUGUUUGCAAAACCGAUGCCUACUUCAGGAUCAGUUCCACCUCCUCAAACUGCACCACUAACAAGAGCCCCACCCGCACAUUCUCUUUCUAACAAUAUCAAUAAACAAAGUGUUCCAUGCCACUAUUUCCAAUGGGGUCAGUGUUUGAAAGGUGAAAGGUGUCCCUACUUGCAUGGGACGCAGGCAUCUGUCGCUCUUGUUUCGCAGCAGGCUGCAAAGGCUUCUAAACUUCUUCCUGAACCACCACAAACCAGUAAGAAGGAUAGACUGCAGAAUGCUACCAUGCAACAGAAUGUCACUGAACUCAAUCUUGAUAACCCAAAGACGAUUGUUAACAUGCAAAUUGAAAUGCCAUCUGCUACCACAAAGCUUGUUACCAAAGCGGAGAAUGCUCCUAAUGCCGAAUUAUCUGAAAAUAAAAGAUUGCCAUUUUUUCCACUGGAUGAUGAGCCUCCUGCAGCGCCACAGAAUGUUAUUACCACUAACUGUGGUCAUACUCUGAGCAAACCAUGGAGUCACCAGAUACAGGCUACAAAUGAGCAACCCGAGAACGGAAGGGAUACUGAUGAGUUCUUGAGGGAAUAUUCCCCUGGCUUUGAUGUACUUGUGGAAGAUGAUAUUAAAGAUCCUGAUUACUUUCACAAUGAAGAUGACUUCAGAAUGACGUCAGCUCAUGGUGGUCAGAACUUGGAACCUGAAGAUGAUUAUGACUACCACCACAGCGAUUAUGAACUUAUAACCAAGACUGGAAGGGAUCGAAGCAAUGAUAGAGGAAAGUAUGACAACUAUGAGCAGACCCGUGGAAGGCAUGGCUGGGAACCAAAGACUUCUGAGAGGUUUUUGGACAAACCACCAUCACAUGGAGGAGUGGUGCUUGACAGAGAGGCAAAACUUGAUGAGAUGGAUGGCUCGGAUUUACGCCAUCAAUUACUCAAACAAAGAAGGCUUAAUGGUUCAAGAUCUACCGAUAGUCGUGAUGGUCAUGGUGAGCACUCUCAAAGGAAGGAGGACAAUGUUCAGGAGAGAGAUUAUGGUCAUCAUUUCCGAGAUCGAAGGCAAUUUCCUCCUAAAAAUUCCUUGAGCACUCGUCUUCAAGGUAGAAUAGCAUUCCCUAGGAGAUCUUUAACUGAUAGGGCGAGCAAUUUGCUCUUGGAGAAAGAGAGAGGCAGGGGACUUCAAGGCAGAUUGUCACCAGUAAGGCGACUAAACUCCCAAGUGAGGCAUCCUGAAAGAAUCAGACAGCAACCAACUGAGGAAUUUGGUAAAGAUAGUAGGAGUAUUGGAAACAGGCCAUCUAGAAGAGUUGAUGCAAAUUCUAUAGAUUUUGCUGGUCCAAAAUCUCUUGCAGAGCUGAAAGGUGCAAAGAUUAAUGAUAGUUCUCAAGAGCAAUUAAUCAUAAGUACCAAUGUUAAUACCAAGCUGAUUAAAGCUAAACCUGGAAAAGUUGAGGGGCUUCAGGAAUUGGAUAAUUCACCAUUGUUUGAAGGUCCAAGGCCAUUGAGUUCCAUCCUGAAGAGGAAAAGAGAGAUGGCAUAUGCAGACAAUGAAAUUUCUACCAGUCAAUAUGAUAGCAAUCAAGGUGGUGGAGAAUCUGCUAUCAAUGAAUCUGUUUCUGCAGUGAUUUUAAGUCUGCAAUCAGUUCAUCCAGUUGAAGCCGGAAGGGAGGGCGAUCAUACAAUUGGUAGCCACAAAGAACAAGAUGUUGGAGCGGUUGAUGGUGUGAUCACUACAGAAGAUGGGGAACUAACAUAUGAUGAUAUCCAGUCUUCAACCAAAGCUGAUGCUGUUGAAACUGAAGAUGGUAUGGGUUUGGAAAAUGUGGAAGAGGAAGAGCUGGAGAAUUAUUGUCAGAGAGAUGGGGGCUUCGAUUAUGAAUCAGGGGAUUUUAAAGCAAACAAUGAUGAGAAUGCAUUCCAGGGCAAUGAAGAGGAGUUGGAUGAUGAGGAUGACUUUGCUAGAAAGGUCAGUGUCAUGUUAUCGUGAAAGUAGAGGUAAAUGGAGAUCGGAUUUGCUCAUUUCACUGUUUUUGAAGAGUUUUCAAUCAUCAGUAUCUUUGAACUUGUUGGAAGAUAACCAUGGCACUUCGGAUUUUAGAAGCAAGCAGUGCCAAAGCCUUUUGCUUUUCAUCAGGUCGACGAACAAGAGGCCGAGAUGGAAGGAUGGAAGGUUCUCCUCAGAGGUUUAAGUUCCCUAGUAUCUUGUUUUAUCUGAUGUUUAACAUCACAACUUAUUUAUUCUGUUCAUCAGUGCACCAAAUUGAUUAGUAAUGAAUCACCCCACUGGGGUAGGUUUUGGCUUGCCAAUUCUGAACUUGUUAAUACGGUAUCAUCGGCACAGAUUGAUUUAGGUAUUCGAACCUGGUAGUUAAUAUUUGUAUGCAAAUUUUUCCAUCUUUAUCGAGUUGUGAACUGCAAGAUGUUCUAAUAAACCUGGUGUGUUGAGCUUGA